CUCACAGGGCACACAAGUCUCCGGCGAGCUAGUUGUAAUAGUACUACGCCGGUGACCGCAUCGUCUCGACCGCAGCGCCGGCGCGGAGGCUACCUUCUGCCCCGACGUCCCCAUGGCCGGCCACCGGAACAAGGUCUCCUGGUCCUCCGGCCUCUGCGGCUGCUUCGACGACCUCGGCGGCUGCUUCCUGACACUCUUCUGCCCGUGCAUCGCCUUCGGGAGGAUCGCCGAGAUCGUCGACAAGGGGGCCAUAUCAUGCUGUGCGAGUGGGACGAUGCACGUGCUGCAGGGCUUGGGGACGUCCGCGAUAGGCUCCAUCCUCUACCACUGCUGCUACCGCGCCAGACUGCGGGCAGAGCACGGGCUGGAGGAGAAGCCAUGCGCCGACUGCUGUGUCCACACCUUCUGCGGGUAUUGUGCCCUCUGCCAGAAGUAUCGCGAGCUCAAGAGUCGUGGCUUCGACAUGCAGGCGGGAUGGCAUGCCAACAUGGAGAGGAUGGGAAAGACCGUCGCGCCCCAGAUGAACCAGGGGAUGACUCGUUAGUCAAUUGAAAGCAAUGCAGACGGUUACUCUUCUCUAUAUAUCCUGGCUAGGGGUGUCAACGUCCAGCUACUCAUCCAGUCUUACUUUUUUAUCCAUGUAUGUGUCGGUGUGCUUAGCUGUUGCAAGUUGUUCUUCGUCCAACCAGUCACUUCCCACCAUGGGUCAAAUCUAUGUGCAACCAAUAAGACGUGUUAUCAUAUCUUUGUGUAGAAGAAACAGAUGUUCGCCUCCGUAAUGAGUGCAAUCACGUUUGGGUAUGUAAUAUCUAUGGCAGCUACCUUAAAUCUUCAAAAAAUUAUUGAGGAAACCUUAAA